AGUCGUGAUGCCUGGUCCUCACGACCUAGCAUCAAGCAUUAAGGCCAAGUUACUCGCCCUCCUCACAAGAAAUACAAGGUACGAGGAAUUCGACCUUGGAAAAGAUGGAGCACCUGCUACUGGCACCUACGAGGAAGAAGAGGUUUGGCCAGAGCCUGAGAGGCCGCCUCCAAGGCAUAUCGACAAAUACAUCAGGCCGGAGUGCCCCUGCCUCACCAAGAGGUACACUGUCGCAGUUUUAGCAUGUGUAGGUUUUGUAAUCUCAUUCGGUAUGAGGUGUAAUAUGGGAAUGGCCAAAUUAGAGUUCACAACAUCUAUCAACCAAACAGCAAAGGCCGUUGAGCAUGCUAUAAAGAAAAUUAACGUCACUCAUAAACAUUCAACUCCUUUUCAUUGGUCAGUUGGUAUGGAAAGUGCUGUAGACUCUUCAUUUUUCUGGGGCUAUCUUGUAACACAAGUUCCAGGUGGCUUUUUGGCAUCAAAAUAUCCAGCAAAUAAGAUAUUUGGUACUGCAAUAGCCACCUCUUCGUUCCUCAACCUUCUUCUUCCAGUGGCUGCCGAUACACAGCCAUUGUUUAUAAUCAUUGUCCGUGUUCUUCAAGGUCUGGUCGAGGGUGUCACAUAUCCCGCCUGCCAUGGUAUUUGGAGAUAUUGGGCUCCACCCCUUGAAAGAAGUCGUUUAGCGACACUAGCAUUUUGUGGAAGUUAUGCAGGUGUUGUGUUAGGAAUGCCUCUCUCUGGUGUCCUAACAGCCUCUAUAGGAUGGCAGGCUCCAUUUUACUUUUAUGGAAUGGUGGGUCUUAUUUGGUAUUUAGCAUGGCUUUGGUUGGUAUUUGAAAAACCAUCCAAACACCCAACAAUAUCUGCUCGAGAAUUGUAUUAUAUUGAAAAUUCUUUAGGUUCAACUAACCAAGUGUCCAUGCCAACCCUUUCAACAACCCCUUGGGACAAAUUUAUGAGAUCUAUGCCCGUUUAUGCCAUAAUUGUAGCAAAUUUUUGUAGAUCCUGGAAUUUUUAUUUACUAGUUCUUUUCCAAGCAUCAUAUUUAUCUACCUCAUUUGGUUUCAAGAUACAAGAGACGGGCUUUCUGGGAGCUCUUCCACAUUUGCUGAUGUCCAUUAUUGUGCCUUUUGGUGGUCUCUUAGCUGACUAUGUACGAAAAAACGGUAUCCUGUCAACAACAAAUGUUAGAAAGGUGUUCAACUGUGGAGGCUUUGGGAUGGAGGGUUUUUUCUUUGUAGUCGUAGCAUAUUCAACUUCUGCAGUUUCUGCUAAUGUAGCAUUAACUCUGGGUGUAGCAUUUAGUGGAUUUGCAAUAUCAGGAUAUAAUGUUAAUCACCUCGAUAUUGCACCUAGAUAUGCAAGUAUAUUAAUGGGCAUGUCUAAUGGCAUCGGAACCAUUGCAGGCUUAAUCUGCCCCAUUGUAAUAGAUCAUAUUACAAAAGAUCAUACAAAAGGAUCGUGGAAAGUAGUUUUCCUCAUGGCUGCUACUGUCCAUUUCAUUGGAAUUACAUUUUAUGCCAUCUUUGCCAGUGGUGAGCUUCAGCCAUGGGCAGAACCCCCUGAUGAGAAAAAGAAACAAUGGGAUCCACUCGAAGGGGCAAGAUCUCCUACUGAAACAACAACAAUGGAUGGAAAGACAGUUGGUUAUGGUGCAGUUGACAUGGGUUAUACAAACCAUGUAAUGACAACAGAAACCGUCCAACCAGAAAGUAGAGAUGAAUACAUGUAUGGUGCAGUGGAAGAGAGGUCAACAACCCAGCAAAAAUCUUACAAUCCCUUCCUUAAUGAUUAAAACAACGGCCUAUUAAAAAAAGAAAUGGUAAGAAAACAUUUAAAAAUAAUAUUAUUAAACACUUUAUUAUUUGAGACAUGUUACAUCAGAUGUGAGAAAUAAAUCAAUGAUGAGGGAAACAAAUUAACAAUCUGUCAUAUCAAUUUAAAAAAAAAUAGAUGGAAAUUUUAGAAAAGUUGAAAAGUUUAGAGGAACGUUGCCAAAUGCUUUUAUAUAAUCUUAGCUGCAAACGUAAAUUUCUAGAAAUCAGAAUUAAGAAUUUUACAAAUAUCUAAACUUAUCUAUGUAUUAGUCAUUAUACAAAUAAUGUUUUAAAGGUGUAAAAUCUUAAAUAUAUUUAAAGGAAGUGAUAAUUAAUUGAUGUAAAAUAUAUGUGAAAAUGUUUGUAUAAUUAAUAUUUCAGGGUGAAACGACAAAUAAGCCUAAUGCAUGAAUGUACGAGUAGAUAGAUAUAUCUUAAUGACUAUUGAUUUAAAUAUAAUUUUUUUAUUCAAAAAGUGCUUAUCGAUGUAAUUUUAAUA